AUUAAAUUCAUAAAUAAAAGUGUAAAAUGAUUAGUGGAGCAACAAAAGAGUUUUUUCUUUUUCUUACAAAGAAGUGGACUUUGCGCUGAUUUUCAAGAUAACAACAACACAAACAAACACGAAACCAUAACCUAUCAUUCAUUUCAUUUCUCUUCUUCCCAUUUUCUUCUCAUUCUUACAUUAUUAUUCUUUUUUUUUUUUAUUAUUUUCCUUUUUGUCUUUAUUAUUAUUCUUACACUAACAAAACAACACCAACAACCGCCGCAAAAAACAACACCAACAAAAAAAAAACAUGUCAACCACCAACCCUUCCGACACCGACACGGCGUCACCACCACCAACACGACCAACAAUCACCCUCCCACCACGUCCUUCCGUCGAAGCAUUUUUCGCCGGUGCCGCUAGUCCUGGACCCAUGACACUAGUUUCAAGCUUCUUCGCCACCGAAUCCGCCACCUUCUCUCAACUACUCGCCGGAGCUAUGGCUUCUCCUCUUGCUUUCUCUUCCUCUUCUUCCGGUGACUUUAUUUCCGGUAAAGAUGAUGAUGGGUCUAAUAGAAACAUGGGUUUCAAACAAAGUAGACCUAUGAACUUAGUCAUUGCUCGUUCACCUGUUUUCACUGUUCCUCCUGGUUUGAGUCCUUCUGGUUUUCUUAACUCUCCUGGGUUUUUUUCUCCUCAGAGUCCCUUUGGAAUGUCACACCAACAGGCUUUAGCACAGGUUACAGCUCAAGCUGUCCUAGCACAAUCUCAUAAUAUGCACAUGCAACCUGAAUACCAGCAGGUCUCAUUAGAACCUCACACCGAACAACGUGUAGAGCAGCCAUCUUAUACUCUAAGUGAAGCUUCAGAGCAGCAAAUGGUAGUACAUGCAUCAGAACCUAGAAAUACUCAAAUGGAAACGUCGGAGAUUUCACAUUCUGAUAAGAAAUAUCAACCAGCAUCUCUACCUAUUGACAAACCUGCAGAUGAUGGCUACAACUGGCGUAAGUAUGGACAGAAGCAGGUUAAGGGGAGCGAGUAUCCACGAAGCUACUACAAAUGCACGCAUCUGAAUUGUCCUGUGAAGAAAAAAGUUGAGCGUGCCCCUGAUGGUCAUAUAACUGAAAUCAUCUAUAAGGGCCAACAUAACCACGAUAAGCCUCAGGCGAAUAAGCGUUCCAAAGAAAAUAGUGAUGUGAAUGGAAAUGCAAAUGUUCAACCUAAGUCUGACUCAAACUCACAAGGUUGGUAUGGAAAUUCGAACAAAAUUAGUGAAAGUGUACCCGAUUCUUCGGUGCCUGAGCCUGAGAAUGACCCGACCUCCAAUCAAGGGGCUCUCCUACCAUGGCCUGGAACGAGUGAGAGUGAGGAAGUCGGUGAUGCAGGCAAUAAGGAAGGCGGAGAUGGUGUUGAGCCAAACCCUAAGAGAAGGAACAUUGAGCCUGCGGUUCCUGAAGUACCUCCGUCUCAGAAGACUGUCACAGAACCCAAAAUCAUUGUGCAAACAAGAAGUGAAGUUGAUCUUUUGGAUGAUGGCUAUAGGUGGAGAAAAUAUGGUCAGAAAGUAGUGAAGGGAAAUCCUCAUCCAAGGAGCUAUUACAAGUGCACUAGUGCAGGAUGCAACGUGCGUAAACAUGUUGAAAGAGCUUCAACAGACCCAAAAGCUGUCAUAACAACGUACGAGGGAAAACAUAAUCACGAUGUCCCUGCUGCUAGAAACAGCAGCCACAACACAGCUAAUAGUAAUUCAAUGCUAUCAAAACCACAAACUGUGGCGCCGGAGAAGCACCCUUUGCUUAAAGAUAUGGAGUUCGGAAACAAUGAUCAAAGACCUGUACAUUUACGCUUAAAAGAAGAGCAAAUCAUUGUAUAAAAGUCUGGUGCCAGAAUCAACGGUACAAUACACUUGUUACAGAAUGAAGUUGUGUAGAAGAUGAAUUAUUGGUAGUAAGAAUUGGUAAUGGCCAAUGCAUGUUUAUUGUUUUGUAGUUUCUUUUGUAUGUAACACCUUUUGUACAUUGAAAUUAUGGAAUUGCUUUUGUAUAAGAUAUUGUUCACAAGUAUGAAGAUCAUUUAAACUGAUCUAUGGACAUUAUUAUCAUAAAUUUAUAAACCAUGAUGCUCUUGGUACUGUCUAAUACUUCUUGUUAGGGGCAGUUCUAGAGUACAAAUAAAAUUUAAAAGUUGGUAUCAAACUAUCAAUUAUAUGUUAUGGAAGUUGAAUGAAUUAUUUUGUA